AUGGAUAAUCUCCCCGACUCCGGCGUGCAGCGCCCUGUUGGUGGCGUCAGCCGAGCAGCUCUACUAAGAUGUGCAGCUGCACGGAAUGAGUGCAUAAAGGCCGAGCUUUUAGAGCGGCUUCGAGUUUGCGCAGCCCUAGAUAGAAGAUUCUUCAAGGCCUGGUUUGACGAGCUGGACAUGGAACGCUGCUGCAACUUCAGCAGUGUCGUAGGAGUAAGCAGCGACAUGUAUAUCGACACAGAGUGGAACAUGGGCAUUUACGCCCACGGCAAUACACCUCAGGAGUCUAAAGCUGCGUUUCACAGGAUUGCCUUCGAACUGCAAGAUCUUGAAGACAGAGAAAAAAGACUUACCGAUUACGCACAAACUCUGAAUCGUCAAUACGGAGGCCUAAUGGCUAAACUAACGGAGCCAGCAUACAACGGCACUGGUCGUACUAGCAGGAUUCCUGUCCCACCCAACACCUGUAUGCAAACAGAGAGGGCAAUAGAUGGGCUUUCUCGCAUUGCAACUGUCAUAUCUGCAAAGGAAGAAGAGCAAAAAAGCCAAUUGUAUCACUUGCGCCACUGGAAUGUCAAUAUAAGUGGGGUAAAUAUUCCGAGGCUUCCUGGUCUCCUGUAUAAGCGUGCAAACGAAGAUUCGUGA